AUGUUCGCUCUUCGUCGUGCUGCCAUCCGUGCUGCUCCUCUUGCUGCUCGCCCUGCCAUUAGACCCUUCUCCGUCUUGGGUGCUCGUUUCUCCGGUGCCGUUUCUGCCGAGAGCAUUGAAAAGAACAUUGGCCCUGGUGCUGCUGAUGGUACCGUUCCCACUGAUUUGGAGCAGGCCACUGGUCUUGAGCGUGAGGAAUUGUUGGCCAAGCUUGAAGGCAAGGAGCUCUUUGAUAUGGAGCCUUUGAACAUGACCCACAUUGGUACUGUCCAAGACCCUAUUGUCGUCAAGUCUCAUGAUGCCAUUCGUUUCGUUGGCUGCACUGGUUUCCCUGCCGAAUCCCACGACACCAUUUGGAUCUCUUUGGACAAGUCUCACGAACACGAUCGUUGCCCAGAGUGUGGUUCCGUUUUCAAGAUGGACUUUGUCGGCUCUGAGGAUGCCCACCACCAUUAA